AUCUUGUGUGCUUACAAUUUUGUUUCUAGAUCGCAGCCAAAAUUGGAGGCGACGCUGCUACCACAGUGAAUAACAGCACUCCUGAUUUUGGUUUUGGGGGCCAAAAGAGGCAGUUAGAAGAUGGAGACCAACCGGAGAGCAAGAAACUGGCUUCCCAGGGAGACUCCAUCAGUUCUCAACUUGGACCCAUCCAUCCUCCCCCCAGGACUUCAAUGACAGAAGAGUACAGGGUCCCAGAUGGCAUGGUGGGACUAAUCAUUGGCAGAGGAGGUGAACAGAUUAACAAAAUCCAGCAGGAUUCAGGCUGCAAAGUCCAGAUCUCUCCAGACAGCGGUGGCCUACCAGAGCGCAGCGUAUCCUUGACAGGAGCCCCGGAGUCUGUCCAGAAAGCAAAGAUGAUGCUGGAUGACAUCGUCUCUCGGGGUCGUGGGGGCCCCCCAGGACAGUUCCACGACAACGCCAACGGGGGCCAGAACGGCACUGUACAGGAGAUCAUGAUCCCCGCAGGGAAGGCCGGCCUGGUCAUCGGCAAAGGUGGCGAGACCAUUAAGCAGCUGCAGGAACGAGCCGGAGUGAAGAUGAUUUUAAUUCAGGACGGCUCCCAGAACACGAACGUGGACAAGCCUCUUCGCAUCAUUGGGGAUCCUUACAAAGUGCAGCAAGCCUGCGAGAUGGUGAUGGACAUCCUCCGGGAGCGUGACCAGGGUGGCUUUGGGGACCGGAACGAGUACGGAUCCCGGAUUGGUGGGGGCAUUGACGUGCCGGUGCCCAGACAUUCUGUCGGGGUGGUUAUUGGCCGGAGCGGAGAGAUGAUCAAGAAGAUCCAGAAUGAUGCUGGCGUGCGGAUACAGUUUAAGCAAGAUGAUGGGACGGGUCCCGAGAAGAUAGCUCACAUAAUGGGGCCCCCAGACCGGUGUGAGCACGCAGCACGGAUCAUCAAUGAUCUCCUCCAGAGCCUCAGGAGUGGACCCCCAGGCCCUCCAGGGGGUCCUGGCAUGCCCCCGGGGGGUCGGGGGCGAGGAAGGGGCCAAGGCAACUGGGGCCCCCCUGGUGGAGAGAUGACCUUCUCCAUCCCCACUCACAAGUGUGGGCUGGUCAUCGGCCGAGGUGGCGAAAAUGUGAAAGCCAUAAACCAGCAGACAGGCGCCUUUGUGGAGAUCUCCCGGCAGCUGCCACCCAACGGGGACCCCAAUUUCAAAUUGUUCAUCAUCCGGGGCUCACCCCAACAGAUUGACCACGCCAAGCAGCUCAUUGAGGAAAAGAUUGAGGGCCCCCUCUGCCCAGUUGGACCAGGCCCAGGAGGACCAGGCCCUGCCGGCCCCAUGGGGCCCUUCAACCCCGGGCCUUUCAACCAGGGGCCACCUGGGGCUCCCCCGCAUGCGGGGGGGCCGCCUCCUCACCAGUACCCACCCCAGGGCUGGGGCAAUACCUACCCCCAGUGGCAGCCACCUGCUCCUCACGACCCAAAUAAAGCUGCAGCCGCCGCAGACCCCAAUGCCGCCUGGGCCGCCUACUACUCACACUACUACCAGCAGCCCCCAGGCCCCGUGCCCGGCCCUGCGCCAGCCCCCGCGGCCCCACCUGCCCAGGGCGAGCCCCCUCAGCCCCCACCCGCCGGCCAGUCGGACUACACUAAGGCCUGGGAAGAGUAUUACAAGAAGAUUGGCCAGCAGCCCCAGCAGCCCGGAGCACCGCCACAACAGGACUACACGAAGGCCUGGGAGGAGUACUACAAGAAGCAGGCUCAAGUGGCCACCGGAGGGGGUCCGGGAGCACCCCCAGGCUCCCAGCCAGACUACAGUGCCGCCUGGGCUGAAUAUUACAGACAGCAGGCCGCUUACUACGGACAGACUCCAGGUCCCGGCGGCCCCCAGCCUCCACCCACACAGCAGGGACAGCAGCAGGCUCAAUGAAUCGAAUGAAUGUGAACUUCUUCAUCUGUGAAAAUCUUUUAUUAUUUUUUUUCCAUUUUGUUCUGUUUGGGGGCUUUUUUGUGUUCUUUUUUUUUUUUUUUUUCCCUCGUUUGUUUGGCGAGAGAGCGAUGGCUGCCGUGGGGGGUGCUGGGGGCGCCCUCGCUGUGAGUGGCUUGGAGGUCAUGCCCUGGGCGAUGCUGGGCUCUCACUCUCUCGUUCAUUCUGUGUGUCUCAUGCUUUUUUUCUUUCAAAAUUGGGAUCUUUCAUGUUGAGCCAGCCAUAGAAGAUAGAAUUAAAUCUCUGCCAAAAAAAAAAAAAAAAAAUUUAAAUAUAAAAAACACAAAAAGCAAACAAAACCUAUAAAAUUAUAUAUAUAUAUAUAAAAAUCUUUAUCCCUUCCUGAAACUGCCUCUUUCAGGGGAAAGCAAUUCAUUUUCUUCCUACCACCCUUGGCCCUCUUCGUGUUUUUAAAAUAAACUUUUAAAAAGGAAAAAAAGUCACUCUUGCUAUUUCUUUUUUUUAGUUAGAGUUGGAACAUUCCUUGGACCAGGUGUUGCUAUUUCAGGACCCCCCCUUCUCCCCCCUCAGUCGAGCCCCUCGGCCUCUGCUCCUCCUCUUUCCUCCCGCCUCGCUCGGCUCCCCUGCAGCCCCUCCCGCUGCCCCCUCCCCCCCCCCCCUCCCGGGACUGGUCUUGUGUUUCAACUGUUCAAGAGGACAUUGAAACUGAAAACAAAUUGAGAACAAAACAAAAAAUUGUAUGGCAGUUUUUACUUUUUAUCGCUCGUUUUUAACUUCACAAAUAAAUGAUAACAAAACCUC